AUGCAGCCUCCGCACCGCCCAUCCGCGCCCGCCUCGUCUCAGCCCCCUCCGCUCCCAGAAGUCUCCCCCUACCCCGCGCAAGUCUCCUCCUACCCCGCACUAGUCUCCUCCUACCCCGCACAAGUUUCCCCAUAUCCCGCGCAAGGCUCCCCCUACCCCGGACAAGGCUCCCCCUAUCGCGCGCAAGGCUCCCCCUACCCCGCGCAAGGCUCCCCCUACCCUGCUCCCCCGUCCACUCCACCGCCGCUCCCGUUUGACAUAGUCCCGUCCGCGGAGGGGGAAGGGUUUGAGCGGAAGCGGUCAGGGGAAGGGGCAGGCGGGAUGGAUGGGGGAGGGAGAGGGGGAGGGGGAGGGGGAGGGGGAGGGGGAGCAGGAAGGGGAGCAGGGGGCGGAGAAGAGAUGCUUCUAGAUUCGGUGCUUUUAAUACCGUGUUCCAAUAGAGGGGAAUCAGGAGGUUCGAGUGUCCUAAGCCCGGGCGUGUUCAGUCACAGCGUGUCAGGUGCAGGUGUCGAUCGAAACCCUAGUGCAAACCAGCAGCAGCACAACGGCCAUAGUCAGCAGCAGCAUCAGCAGCACCAUCAUCAGCAGCAGCAGCAACAGCAGCAGCAGCAGCACCAGGCGCAUCAGCAGCAGCAGCAGCAGGCGCAUCAGCAGCAACAGAGUCAGGCGUAUUGGCGUCAAAGCGCAGGUGUUUCAUCAGGUGCUGCCAUUGUUCCAGGUGCCGUUGCUGCCGUACCUGCUGCCAUGCCUGCUGCCGUACCUGCUGCCGUACCUGCUGCUCAGGAACACGCCACAGAUCAAGCCGGAGCAAUGGCAACUGCAGCGACAGGAGGGGCUGGAAGGGCAGGAGGAGGAGCAGUAACAGCAGCAGCAGUGGCAGCAGCAGGAGCAGCAGCGGCAGCAGCAGGAGCAACACCGACAACAGCAGCAGCACCACCGCUGCCAUCCCCGCGACACAUGUUUACAAGGAAGAAUAGUCGGUCGUCAGACAUUUCAUCUCAUCCUUCCGUUCUAGAGCUCACCUUCCGCGCCCUCCCCCCAAGGGACCUGGCAGCAGCAGCGUGUGUGUGCCGCGAGUGGAGAGCAGCAGCCAUCAGCGAGCCUCUGUGGCACCGCCACACCAUCGCGCUCUGGCCCGCCCUCGCCAGCCCUGCUGUGGCUCGUCGGGUCUCCGAUUCCUGCGGUUUCUACCUCUUCUACAGCGAGCCCCUCUGCCACCGCCACACCAUCGCUCUCUGGCCUGCCCUCGCCAGCCCUGCUGUGGCGCGCCGGGUCUCCGACUCGUGUGGCUUCUACCUCUUCUACAGGCAAAGGGGUUGUGCAGCCCCCAUCCUCUUCCUCCCCCAUCCAUCCCCGCCCUCCACCCUCUUCCUCCCCCAUACUCCCCAUCCCCCCAACCUCCUCUUUUUUUACGAAACAAAGCGAUUUCUCCGCCCAGGACGGGCCUCCCCGCUGCCCUUCCACCUGGACGAUCUCACAUUCUUCUUCGACCUUUCCUUCCACGGCUCGCCCGUCUUCUCACAAGCCUUCAAGUACAAGGGCGGCCGCGCCCUCCGUUUCCUCCGCCCCGGCCGGGCCUCACCGCUGCCCUUUCACCUGGACGAUCUCACGUUCUCCUUCGACCUCUCCUUCCACGGCUCCCCCGUCUUCUCACAAGCAUUCAAGUACGAAGGCGGCCGCGCGCUCGUCCCCUUCGCCCCUUCAUUCUUCUCCCCAUUCCCCCCACUCUUUGCUUUUUCCCCCUUCCCUCCCCUUCCUCAUCCCCAUCCCAUCAGGAAAAGAUUCCUCCGGCCAGGUCGUGCCUCCCCCUUACCCUUUCACCUGGACGAUCUCACGUUCUUCUUCGACCUCUCCUUCCACGGCUCCCCUGUCUUCUCGCAAGCAUUCAAGUACGAGGGCGGCCGCGCGCUCGUCCCCUUCGCCCACCACACCUUCUCAGACCCGUCCGCCAUCUUCCCCUCUAUAGAAGCACUCGAUAAGGACUCCUUUCGGCGGUCUCUAGCGCAGCAGCAGCAGCAGCAGCAGCAGCAGCAGCAGCAGCAGCAGCAGCAGCAGCAGCAGCAGCAGCAGCAGCAGCAGCAGCAGCAGCAGCAGCAGCAGCAGCAGCAGCAGCAGCAGCAGCAGCAGCAGCAGCAGCAGCAGCAGCAGCAGCAGCAGCAGCAGCAGCAGCAGCAGCAGCAGCAGCAGCAGCAGCAGCAGCAGCAGCAGCAGCAGCAGCAGCAGCAGCAGCAGCAGCAGCAGCAGCAGCAGCAGCAGCAGCAGCAGGGGGCAGUGGGCAGCAGGAGGGGACGCAUGCGCCUGGUAACGGGGCAGGUGGGCAGCAGCAAUCACUUGACUCGUCCUUGA